AUGUCUGUUGCAACCAAGGAUCCCAGCUCAUCAAUCGAUCCCGUAAUCGAAGAGUACCAAACGUCUGGAAUCCCAGACAAACGUUCCAACCGAUGGUUCUCUUAUGUUUCCUCGAUCUACCUCACCUUACUAUCGCUCCCGCUCAUUGGUUUUCCGAGGUUCCUCGUCAUGCUUCUGGGGCCUUGGUUGGUCAACAAGGAUGACUCCACGACUGAUACCGGGAUUAUCGGGGCUUACAGACCAUUGAACGAGUUGGAGACUUAUCUUGCACGACUGGUCGGCCUGAGUUUCUUGACCUUGGCUUCCCUCAUCGUGCUCCAAACCGGCGCAAUCCCCGUCUCAUCCUCGAUGGCUCACGGUUCGGAUGUGGCCACAAGCGCCGCUCCUUACCGCCAGCCCACGAUCUUCUUCUCGACUUUAUUCUUCUCCCUCUUUGGCCUUUCCUCCUGGAACAUCGGCUUGAAAGUCGUCGGCGCUCCCGCCAUGGCACUCGGCGCCAGCGGCCUUUGGAUCUUGUUGUUUGCCGGUGAUCCACUGGCUCACGGAAAGAAAAGUCACGCCAUCUUCGGAGACUCCAAAUCAGCCUAG